UAACGCUGAAGCCCCUGCGUCCAUCCCGCGGUUCCAGCUCGAAUCUGCGCGCCAGUCGCUCACCCUCUGCCAGCCGCAGCACCGAGCAAACUUUGUAACCGUUGAAUGUUAGCCUGCCUAACUAGCUACACUUGCAAAUCAAGCAAACCCAAUCAGAAUCAUUGACAAAUCGAAAACACGCGAUUUAAACGCUAUUAAACUGCCUGCCACUGCUUCUUCUUCUCCCUGAUUCUUUUGUCUCUGUUCUUCUUUGUUGUCUGUCUCUUUCCGCGACUCAAACACAGGCUGUCGAGCUGUCAAUAAAAAACUGAAAUAACUCUUUUCAACACUUAUUCAUUAUACAUUCAUCAAAUAAACUAAAUUGUAAAUCAGCGCUUGUGUGUGAGCCAAUUACACAUUUUCAAACUCAAAAGAUCAAGUGAAUAAUUAAAGAUUAAAGAAACUAAAAACUAAUUUUUAAAAAACCGUGCUUUAUAAAACAUUACGUUCAUGGAAAUUCGACAAGUCAUCUUACAAGCAAUUUUCCAACUUGUGAUAAAAUUAAAAUUGAAUAAACAGCGGGAAUCGCAUCACUAAAAUAAUUUAUCAAAUUCUUUUAAAACAUUUUAACUUAAAAUAAUUAAAAUUGUUACAAACUUUGAAUAGAGAAGCAAAAAUAAAUCUAAUUUCAAAUGAAAAUUAAAAAGUAAUCAGUAAGACAUGGAUAUGAAAUGAAUACAGAUAAAACAAAAGAGCUAAACUUAAAAAUAACUCAUUACAUCACCAUCCAUCCCACCACACAAUGAUCGUUAAGAACUGAACUUUUUUGUGCUGCUUCAAACGCGCCUCAUGAUCAACAAAAUUUGAACGAAGACAAAAAAUACGCAGAUAAGUCUUACAAAAUAACCCAAGUCGUACCUUUCUAUGCGCCACAAUUCGCCAGUGUCCCGGGAGCGAGCCAGCGAGGCAGCGGCAGCCACUCAGACAGCAGCAGCCACAGCGGGAGGAGCAACUGCCCACUCCGCCGCAGGAACUGGUGGAGGAUCUGCAGCAGCAACGACUUCGGCUGGAGGGGCCACGUCCGGAUCCGGAACGGCCUCGGCGAACACGAACAGCAAUUCCUCGGCCUCAUCCAGCACAGUGGCAGCUGCACAGGCGGCUGUCUUCAGCGGCGGCAACACGGUGACCGGAAGUUUGGGCAGCGCCGGGGUGGUGGCUCGUGGCUUCCGCAGCCACAGCCCCACCCAUAGGCGGAGGAGUCGCGAGCGCCAGCGACGCACGCAUGGCUCUGACCAGGGCGGUCUGCUGGCCUACAGCGGUCUCGUUGGCGUCAACGACAUGACGGAUUUCUUGGGUCCACAGCAGAGCGGAGGAGGCGGCGGCGGCGGUGGAAGCGCCGGCACGGGCAGCGGUCUGGAGGAUUCGCGCCUCUCCGGCAACGAGGACUACUACUCGUCCUUCGUCUCAGACGAGUUCGACAGCAGCAAGAAGGUCCAUCGCCGCUGCCAUGAACGCAGCUCCAGCGUUCAGGCCAUCGACCGAUUAAACACGAAGAUCCAAUGCACCAAGGAGUCCAUCCGACAGGAGCAAACUGCCAGAGACGAUAAUGUCAACGAGUAUCUGAAGUUGGCAGCCAGUGCAGACAAGCAGCAGCUGCAGCGCAUCAAGGCUGUCUUUGAGAAAAAGAACCAGAAGAGCGCACACAAUAUCUCGCAGCUGCAAAAAAAGCUGGACAACUACACGAAGCGGGCCAAGGACUUGCAGAAUCACCAGUUCCAGACGAAGAGCCAGCACCGUCAGCCGCGCGAGGUGCUGCGGGAUGUCGGCCAGGGUCUCCGCAACGUGGGAGGCAACAUCCGCGAUGGCAUCACUGGCUUCUCCGGUUCGGUGAUGUCCAAGCCACGAGAGUUUGCGCACCUGAUCAAGAACAAGUUUGGCAGCGCCGACAACAUCAACCAGAUGAGCGAGGCCGAGCUACAGGGCAUGCAGUCUGCCAAUGCCGAUGUUUUGGGCAGCGAGCGCUUGCAGCAAGUGCCUGGAGCCGGAACCUCUACGGGCUCAGGCGGCGGCGGGCAGAACAACAACACCGGCGGAGCGGGAAGCGGCACGGGAAAGUUCAACAGUGACAAUGGCAGCGAAUGCAGCAGCGUAACGAGCGAAAGCAUACCGGGAGGGUCUGGUAAAAGCCAGUCGGGAGCCAGCCAAUACCACAUAGUGCUCAAGACAUUGCUAACAGAGCUGGCCGAGCGAAAGGCCGAGAACGAGAAGCUCAAGGAGCGCAUCGAACGACUCGAGACGGGCCAAAAGGAAUUCAACAAUCUGACCGCCACACUCGAAAGUGAACGCUAUCGUGCCGAGGGACUCGAGGAGCAAAUCAAUGACUUGACGGAAUUACAUCAGAAUGAAAUUGAGAAUCUGAAGCAAACGAUUGCCGACAUGGAGGAGAAAGUACAAUACCAAAGCGAUGAAAGACUACGUGACGUCAACGAGGUGCUCGAGAACUGUCAAACGAGGAUAUCAAAAAUGGAGCACAUGUCGCAGCAACAAUAUGUCACCGUCGAGGGCAUUGAUAAUUCGAAUGCGCGGGCCUUGGUUGUGAAACUCAUCAAUGUGGUAUUAACGAUACUGCAAGUGGUGCUCCUGCUUGUGGCCACCGCUGCAGGCAUCAUAAUGCCUUUUCUCAAAACGAGGGUUCGCGUUCUCACAACGUUUUUGUCUAUUUGUUUCGUCAUCUUUGUGAUACGACAGUGGCCGGAUGUCCAGGACAUUGGAUCCGGCCUGGUGCGGCAUCUCAAGCAAUCGCUGGUGGUGAAGUAAACUACGUGGGCUUGGUGGCCGCCGUCUCAUCUACCGGGUAGUUGACACGUUCUUUAGUUAUGUAUCCUAAGUUCUAAAGUGCAUAUGUUGUAUAUAGCUUAUCGAUAACGAUUAUAACAAUAAUUUUUAACUGAAAUUGUAUCAAUUAUCAACACGAACACACCCGAGAAACUGUACAAAACAUUCAUA